CGCGAAGCGUUCCGCGUAAGUUCUGAAAGCGGACUUUUGACAGUUUCAAGCACCGAAAAGUUUGAUGUGACAGCCUAUCCCUUGCUCAAGCUCACCGAAAGCGGUACGAAAAGGGGGGUCGAGCGGUUUAGUUCGAUUAAACUUAGAUACCUGAUGUCCACUACAUCGACAUUGCGUAUCACUCAACAUGCCUAAGCAAUCCAACACCACUAAAGUCAUCCUCGUCACCGGCGCUACGGGGAAGCAAGGAGGUGCCGUAAUCAACGCACUUCUUAGCCGAUACCCAAACAAAUUCACGAUCCUCGCAGUCACACGCGAUGCCAGCAGCUCCAAUGCUAAGCGCCUUCUUGAGAAGUCGCCCUCCAUCAAACUUGUACAGGGCAAUCUAGACAACGUUCCUGAGCUCUUUCAGGUAGCCCGAAAAGCCCAUUCUCAACCAAUAUGGGGUGUGUAUUCAGUCCAAAUUUCCAUGGGAAAGGGCGUCACUCUCGAAAGUGAAGUCGCGCAGGGAAACGCACUCAUUGACGAAUCUAUAAAAGCUGGUGUUAAACACUUUGUUUACAGCAGCGUUGAACGGGGCGGCGACACAGAAUCUUGGGAAAACACCACGCCUAUUCCUCAUUUCCAGAGUAAAUAUCAGAUCGAACGACACCUUCGAGAUGUCACAGGUCCCGGGGGGUCGGGAGCUAAUAUGGGCUGGACUAUACUACGUCCUGUAGCUUUUAUGGAUAACUUAGCCCCUGGAUUUCCCACCAAAGUCUUCAUGGCCGCGCUGCACAACCAUCUAGGAAAUAAACGCAUGCAAUGGGUUGCGACGUCUGAUAUUGGAGUCUUUGCCGCGAAGGCUUUUGCUGAGCCUGAGAACUGGAACCGGAAGGCUGUUGGGCUUGCCGGUGAUGAGUUAUCGUGGGAACAGCUCAACGAAUCCUUCGCUGGGGCGACAGGGUCACCGGCUCCUGCGACUUAUUGGUUUUUUGGAAGUGCAUUGACAUAUAUGGUCACCGAAAUGGGUUUGAUGCUCGGAUGGUUCGCAAGUAAUGGAUACAAGGCGGAUAUCGCAGCGCGGCGUAAGGAUCAUCCUGAGAUGUUGACAAUGGAGCAAUGGUUAGUUAAGGAGAGUCAAUUUAAGACGACGAACCGUUCUUGAGAGAGCUGUAUUGAUAGCUUGCGCGGUAUU